AUGACACACAUCCGCUGUAGCUGGACAGAAGUCCCUGGUCUUCCUCUCUCUCUUUAUCACCUGGAUGCGGACGAACACAGAGUGUCGGCCUGCGUCCCGGGUCCUCCGGGACAGAAGCGAUUGCGGUGUCAAUACAACACUUCACUGUUCGCCAUCGGCUUCGACGACGUGUUCUUUUUCUACACACCACACGUUCAGGGCCUCUCAGGAACCUUUCACCUCACACAGCACGGAAACAUCACAGAGGACUGGACACACGUUCGUCUCGCCUCGAAACCCUCCUCACCAGCCAUGACUCAGUCCAUGACCUUUAACCUCGGACCUUCACAUCGGAUUCUUGUUGAACUGAGGGAGGACAACAGGAACAGUCUGACCACGGCACAGAAGAGAAGAAUAGACAAUGACAUAAGUUCCACAAGUGCCCUCCCUGGCCCUAUUAACCUGCAGUGUGUGUAUGAUGGAGAGUAUGAGGUGAAGUGCAAGUGGCAGAUGAUGAGAGAACUGGCACAGUAUGUCGUCUUUGACCUGGCCUAUCGCACACAGCUUAACGCAACGUCUGAGUUGUGUUGUGCAGGACUAGAUAACAACGAUGAUGAUGAUGAUGAUGCUAUGGUGAGGUUCUCGUGUUCGUUCUCUGUACCUGAAGUCAAAACGCUGCUGCUGUCUCUCCAUCCACAACCAAGGACCAAAGUCUUCCAGUCACACAAACAUAUUGAGCCUGCCGCUCCAGUGGCCAUCGGUGUUGAGUUGAUUGGAGACGACUGGGUCCUGAACUGGACUCUUCCUAAAUAUCGAACGGUCCCAAUAACCUCUGAGUUCAGAUACUGGAGCACCACCUCACCUGAGGAGUUAGCAGAGACGCUCAGUCUCCCGCCAGGUGUGAGUGUGUGUGUCAUGGCAGAAGGUUCUCUGCGUUCUUCCACACGGUACCUAGCUCAGGUGCGCUGUAGUGUGAGCUCACGGAGGGGUCGAGGGUCACGGUACGCCGGCUAUCCUUCAGACUGGAGCAAACCAGUUUACUGGACCACAAGGCCGGUAGCUUCAGCGUGGGUGUAUUUCCUCUUGUCAGCGAGUGUGUCUGUGGCCCUCAUAACAAUCUACUUCAUUUUGCUGGCCUUCCACAGGAGGUUGAAAGUGUGGGAUGUGUCUCUUCCCUCUCCUUUCCAGAGUAAACUGAUGGACACUGUUUGCCAGGUUCACGCUGAGGGGCUGUUCCCCUGCGCAGAGAUGGAUGAUCCGUGUCUGAGCCGUGUGUGUGUUCUGGAGAACCUACAGCUGAAUCUCCACACAGUUGAUGAUGUCACACCGCUCCACGCUGCCCACUGCACUGGACCAAACCACUACACUUCCCAAGAGGGGAGCGCUGUGCCUGGGUUCACGACACAGAUGUGGCACUGUGCGUCAUUUCCAGAACAUUCUUCUGAGCACGCGGGGUUUGACACGUUAUUGUGCGAUGGCAGAUUUGCCUGCCUCUCCUCCGCUUCCUAUCAUAAUCUUCAGCCGUGUUCUGAGGGAUACCAGCGGAACCCUGCGUCCAGUCCUGACGCUUCUUCUACAGAUGUUUGAUUUGAUGUUGUUGGAGUUACGACACAUUUUUAACGAUUUGAGCUUUGAACUUCUUCUUUAAUCCUAAACCGCACUUUAAUUAGCAGGGUACAAAUGACAUUUCCAGCUUCAACGCUUUUCAUGCUACGCUGUUCAUGAGAAAAGUCAAUAAAUCAGUAUGGGAAUAAUCAUUAUAGACGAAGGAUGCGAUGUCUACAGCAGUGCCUGGGAGGGUUUUCCACAGUAUUCAACUCCGGCAUCCAAAAACGAAUGUGGCUUUGAGCUACAAUACACAACUAUGUGAGCGGGAUCGGAUAGUGAUGCGCAACCCGCGGCUCUGAAAACACUCUUUGACACAGCGCUGGUCAAAGCGAAAAUUACUUGUGAUUUCAUUUUAUUUAGCUGUAAAGGACAGUGUAGGGUUAGGGGUUCGGGUUUGAACGCAGGACCCUGGGAACAUAGAUACGCUUUUGUCGACAGUACAACGCUAUCACACCUGACUCAAGUCAUCAACAGGAGAAACAACAUUUUAAAACCAUGCAAUUAUGUUUUCUGUAGCCAGACUACAUUCCUUACAAAACUCAACUGCUUUACUUUUAGCUAAUUAGCUUCUUAAAGGGAUUAGCACAUGAACUAAUUAGCAUGCUAGAAGAAGAAACCUUUAUUUGUCACAUGCACACUUUAAGCACAGUGAAAUUCAUCCUCUGCAUUUAACCCAUCUGAAGCGGUGAACACACGCACACACCCAGAGCAGUGGGCAGCCACGCUAAAGUGCUCAGGGAGCAGUCAGGUACCUCGCUCAAGGGCACCUCAGCCCAAGGCCGCCCCACAUUAACCUAACUGCAUGUCUUUGGACUGUGGGGGAAACCGGAGCACCCGGAGGAAACCCACGCAGACAACAUGCAAACUCCACACAGAAAGGCCCUCGUCGGCCACUGGGUUCGAACCCAGAACCUUCUUGCUAUGAGGUGACCGUGCUAACCACUACACCACUGUGCCGCCCUAGGCACAUUCAUUCAUUCAUUCAUUAUCUCUAGCCGCUUUAUCCUUCUACAGGGUCGCAGGCAAGCUGGAGCCUAUCCCAGCUGACUACGGGCGA